AUGAAGACUUUGUCAACAAGAAUUACUUACGGAAUGAUCAUUAUGUUACAGUUCUUCAAAGACAGCAAUAAUUUUCCAACAUUUGGUAAAUUCAAUAAAAAUACAAUACAGGUUUUGAACACUACACUUUACACAUUUUUUAGCAUUCCUUACUCUACACCUUCAAUUGAUGAGUUAAGGUUUCAAGAACCUCAACCAGUUCACUAUAAAACGAAUAUUAUAUAUAAUGCAACACAGAAGUCACCUUCGUGCAUACAAGAUCCGUUUUUCCCAGUAUUAGAAUGGAUCGAUCGCAAUCCUAAAGAUCUCAGCGAAGAUUGCCUCUAUCUUAACAUUUGGGUACCAAGCUCAAAGCCAGAUAGAAAACCAUUUGCUACCAUGGUUUGGAUACAUGGAGGAGCAUUUAGCAUGGGAUCUUCCAAUAUCAACCUGUUUGACGGCGCUGUAAUUGCGGCAGUGGGAAACGUCAUUGUAGUUACAUUCAAUUAUCGCGUUGCUGCGUUAGGUUUCGCAAAUUUUAAUAACGAAGACGCACGAGGAAAUAUGGGCAUGUUAGAUCAAGUAAUGGCUCUCAAAUGGGUGCAUCGAAAUAUCGAAACAUUCGGAGGUGAAAAAAAUUUGAUAACUGUUUUCGACCAGAGUUCGGGAGCCAUCCCUAUCGCUCAUCACAUGAUCUCGCCUCUUACUAAAGGCUUAUUCAACAGAGUAAUUUUGCAAAGUGGGAGCAAUUAUCAAGAACAGUGUUUUUCAACCUUCAUCAACAAUAAUUUCCCUCAACAGAAAGAAAAUUAA